CAAGGAUGAUUGUGGUUUGGAGAAUUUUGAAGUUUUUAGCGUUUUUAAGAAUAGUCAACUGCGACAUGGCGCAACUGAAGGCGAUUGAUCCCAACUAUGGCGUUACGUGGAUGUUCAUGCCGGACGAUACCGGCACCCCGCACAUAGUGGAUCUAACCGAACCGAAUGACACGGCACGCAGUGAGCGAAGGGGCAACCUGAAUGAAGAUGUCAACUUUUACUACUACCGCCAAGCCACUCGGGCGAAUGGAAGUCGAUUCCGGUUUGUGAACGAUCUCGCUACACCGUUGGCCCUGGAUGAGUCCUACGAUCCUAAACUGCCCACAAAGUUUGUCAUACACGGCUGGAUGAACUCAAUUAAAAGCCCGGUCAGCCAGAACAUCAAAAAUAAUUAUCUGCAAAAGGAGGACAUGAACGUGAUUGUGGUGGACUGGGAACCAUUGGCAUCGGAUGCCGUAUACUUCCGAUCGGCCAUGUCAACACGGGAUGUCGGGAAACAUGUCGGAGUGCUGAUCGACCGUAUGGUGGUCGACCGAGGGAUGGAUCUCAAUGAUGUGCACAUCAUUGGCCACAGUCUCGGUGCGCAUACGUCCGGCUUUGCUGGUUUUUCGGUGACCAAAGGGAAAGUAGGACGUAUCACUGGUCUCGAUCCUGCGUUGCCUGGGUUUACGGAUCAGCAGCCCACCAAAUUGCUGGAUCCUAGUGAUGCCCAGUUCGUUGAUGUCAUGCAUACCUGUGCCGGACUGUUGGGACACGAUAAAUCGCUUGGUCAUGUUGACUUCUGGCCCAACGGAGGAAGAGUAAACCAACCGGGCUGCAGUACCCUUGAUGAUCUCGUGGGAGCCUGUAGCCAUGGCCGAUCGUAUGAGUAUUACGCCGAGUCCAUACGGAAUCCGAAUGGGUUUAAGGCUUAUCCCUGUAAGAGUAUGGAAGACCUGCGUGAUUCCAAGUGCCGUACGAAUGCAGUUCCAAUGGGUGACCCCACCCCAGACACCGCCAGAGGUAAUUUAUUUUUGGAAACGAAUGCUAAACCAGAAUACGGCAAAGGACUGUAG